AGUGCAGGAUUCCAUACCCAUAAAUUGAAAAAACAAAACAAAAAAGACUAGCGCACCUGGGAUGACAGUUCGCAAUGGCUUACCAUCAGAGAACUUUCAUGGAUGAUUCAUUCCUCCUCGAGUUUUGCCAGGACGAGCUCCGGAUCGCAGCCGAGUUCCUCUCCAUUUGGUUGCCCUUUCUCUCCCGAGACCUUUGUCACUCCUGUACGCAGGCUCUCGCCGAUCGAAUCCUAUCCAUCGAUCCCGAAGCUCGUCCAGGUGAAUAUCACUUGAAGCAGCGCUCUAGAUUUGAUGUUUCCACUCCUGAAAAUACGUUCUUGAAUGGACACAGUAGAAAUAAAGAUAACCUUGAUUCGCAUUCUGGUGGAAGCUGGGUGGACGAUGCGAUUUUUAAUGAUACGGCAGAAAAAAAUUCUCUCGGGAGUUGGAAGGAAGGUUUGAAUUUCAAUGGUACUGUAGAUGCAAAUUCACUGGGGAAUUGGAAGGAAGGUGUGAAUUUGAAGGAUACAGCAGAUACAAACUCACUGGGGAGUUGGAAGGAAGGUGCGAAUUUGAAGGAUACAGCAGAUACAAACUCACUGGGGAGUUGGAAGGAAGAUACAUGCUUGAAUUUUAUCUCAGAUGUAAAUGAUACAUCAGAUACACAUUCGCUGGGGAGUUGGAACAAUGGGGUGGAUAGGUCUCUGGAUCGGGAUAAUGGGGUUUCAAUGAAAGCAAUCUUGAGUGAAAACUUGAGAGAUGCAAUAGCUCAAGCUUCUGCUGAGGGAUCAACAAGUGAAAUAAUAAGCUCGCCUAGGUCAGCUGGAAGCCAGAAAGUGAAGAUGUCUUGGGCAGAUAUGGCUCAGGAGGACGAGCUUGAGGAUGAGGAUGGAACCAAUUCAUUUGGCUCUAGCAGGCUGUUUGCUAGUGAGAAUACUUUAGCUGUGGAGAGAACUACUGAGAAAGUGUCUACACCAAAGGUUGAGCUCUCAAGGGAGCUCAGGGAGCAGAUCCGUUUUUGUAAUGUUAAAAGGAAAAAGAAUUUUCUAUGUUUGGAAAGGGUCAAUGGGAAAAUCAUUAAUACACUUGAUGGUUUGGAAUUACAUACUGGUGUUUUUAGUGCUGCUGAGCAAAUAAGGAUAGUUAAUUAUGUUGAAGCACUUCAAGAGAAGGGAAAGAAUGGACGACUAAAAGAACGUACUUAUACUGCACCCGCUAAGUGGAUGAAAGGCAAAGGGCGUGUUACUAUCCAAUUUGGUUGUUGUUACAACUAUGCAACUGAUAAAAAUGGCAAUCCUCCAGGCAUCCUCAGAGAUGAUACUGUUGAUCCCAUACCUCAGCUUUUUAAGGUCAUGAUCAGAAGGCUUGUUAAAUGGCAUGUGGUGCCUCCAACCUGCAUUCCUGACAGCUGUAUUGUGAACAUAUAUGAUGUGGGAGAUUGCAUUCCACCACAUAUUGACAAUCAUGAUUUUGUGCGCCCCUUUUGUACGGUCUCAUUCCUUAGCCAGUGCAGUAUUGUUUUUGGGUUAAAUUUGAACGUGGACGGUCCGGGUCAGUUUGUGGGUCCUAUUGCAAUUCCAUUGCCGGUGGGGUCUGUUCUUGUCAUUAAUGGAAAUGCUGCAGAUGUGGCUAAACAUUGUGUUCCUUCUGUUCCUACGAAAAGGAUCUCAAUUACAUUCCGGAGAAUGGAUGAAUCUAAACGACCACAUGGAUAUGUUCCUGAACCUGAUUUACAGGGAAUUCGGCCUAUGUUGUGUGAAGCUGACCAACCCAAGAAAGAUAAGAGACAUUCUACGAAGAAACAGGCUGUCAGGCGUGAGGAAAGCACGGGUAAACUAAUCAAAUCAUCAAGAGAAAGGCCCUCAGGGUCCCGCUACGCAGGCCGAAGUGGUCGAAGACCUGUUAGUGGGUGAAGAGUGGGUUUUAAUUUGUAGAUUGUACAUCCUCAUCUUUAAAACAAUACGGGCAUGAUUAAAUGCAGAAGACGAUCAUAUGUAGUAAGGAAGUGAAAGAGGGAGUAAAAAUGAGUUUGAAACUCAGGAGGAAGAAUUCUCAACUCCAUUGUUGAGCCAAGGGAAGAAGAAGGAGCAAGAAGAAAUAUCAAAGUUUUCUAAAAUCCUGAGUGAAAAACGCNGACCGGGCUUAGUGUACGUACAUGGUACUUAGGCUUUCGAGUACCACCCCUAUUUCUGCGUGAGUUCGUCUUACAAAAUGGGCGAAUCUCAUAGUUCAAGGCUUGUCCUUGUGACCUAGAAUCAUACAGCAUGAAUUCAUCAUCAAGCAAAUGCAAUCAUUAUGACUAUGUAUGACAUUUAUUACGUAUCACAAUCAUCAUUUGAGCAUACAUGCUAUAUUAUGUCAUAUCAUGAUAAUUAUAUGUCUACUUGCUAUUCAACUUGGAAUUGUUGUAUUAGCGUAUUGCUCAGCUAACGCUGAGCAUGUAGUUUGUUUUACUUGCUACACGCAGGUAACAAUACUGAUCAUGGAGCCCAUCCCGGAGGUCAAUGAGAGUGACGAGAUGUACGGACUGGUGGACCACAUUUAUGAUGUUUUAAUUAAAUAAAUACCUUUUCGGGCGAGAACCCAGAAAAAUGUAAAACAAUUUGAUUAUGUUUUAUAUUUAAGCUUCCGCAUUGUUUCAGCGAUACUCUGAAUUUAAUAUU